AUGCUGGUCGUUGGACUUACUGGUGGUAUUGCUUCUGGAAAGAGUACUGUAUCCAAUAGGCUUCAAGAGAAGUACACAUUACCCAUAAUUGAUGCUGAUCAUGUUGCCAAAGAAGUUGUUGAACCUGGCCAAAGUGCCUACAAGCAAAUCAUUGAAUAUUUUAGUGACAAGAUUCCCGAUCUUUUGCUGCCUGAUGGUCACCUAAACAGGGGAUCUUUAGGCAAACGGGUGUUUGAGCAUUCAGAUGACCUGAAGAAAUUGAAUAGCAUCACACACCCGGCCGUGAGAAAGUCCAUAUUCAAGCAAGUAUUACUAUAUUACUCAAAGGGCUAUCGGAUGUGUAUUUUAGACGUACCACUACUUUUUGAGGCUCGGUUGGAUACUUUUUGUGGAGUGACUAUUGCUGUGAUAGCAAGUGAAGAUAUUCAAUUAAGCCGCUUACAAGUGAGGAACCCUGGGAUGACAUUAGAAGACUGUCGCAAUAGGAUCAAAUCUCAAAUGACGUCUGAAGAGCGCAUUGAAAAAGCUGAUUAUAUUUUGCAGAAUGAUCAAGAUUUAGCCAACUUGUAUGCUCAAGUUGAUACAUUAAUAACAAGUAUAAGGCCAAGCCUACUAAGAACUGCCCUUGAAUAUUUCCCGCCCUUUGGAGCAGUCAGUGCAGCUGCAAUUAUAUUAUCGAAAUCUUUUCUCAAUUUUCAAAAAUUGAAGAAGAUUGAUUGA